AGACUUCAGUAAUUCCUGUUCCAGCAUGUUCCAGUUGCCAAGCUUCGCGAAAGUUCUCAAAUUUGAAACUCCCGCACCAAACCAUUACAAUUGCCCCUCGUCCAGACACAACAACAAGGACAAAGAAAGGCAAGACACUGAGCACACCGUGCUUAUUUUCUCCCCCAGGCCUCUGUCUCUUGCUGCAAACAGACAAACAACAUUUGUGCCCGAGCCGGGUUCAUGUCCAAAACCCAGAGAGGACUUUUCACUAUUACUAAAACAGGACCUGCCCCAGGGCAUUAUAAUGUCAACGAAUCCCUUGUGAAGCAGUCGCCGAAGAUAUUAAUGUCUUGUUUUAAAUCAAAAACUGGCCGUGGAUUAAAACUGACGUCGACAGGCCCAGGACCCGGUUAUUACAACACAAAAGGUCACACCGAAGUUCAAAAAAAGACUCUUAUCCCGAGAAACCCCAUCCUAAAUUUCUCUGCCCAGCCUUUGCCUCUGCCCCCGAAGCCGCCUCUUCCAGGCCCCGGGCAGUAUGAGAUCGUGGACUACAGGGGGCCCCCCAAGCACUUCAUCUCCAGUGCAUCCUUCGUGUCCAACACCAGCCGGUGGACAGUGGCGCCGUCCCAGCCAGGCCUGCCCGGCCCGCCCGGCCCAGUGGGCGCAGAUCUACCCGGACCCCUCAGCAGCUUCCUGAGGGUGUACCGCAGGCCGUGCGUGGCCCUCGUGAACAGAUCAGCAUCAACGCGAGAGUUUCCAGCCACCCCAGGUUCCACAUACAAGCCGGAAUUCCCUGGAAAGCAGUCCUUUCUCUACGAUGAGGACAAGAAAUGGAUCCCAGUGUUGUAGUCACCUCAUCCAAGCUCAAGGAGACCCCCCACUCCCGGCCGCCAGCUGCCCCCCCCAGGCACCCCGGACGGUCAUUCAGAGAGCGCCCAU